AUGCUCGCGGCUGCUCAUGUCCGCGACAGCACCGACGGGUGUGAAUCGACCUCGGGGCAUCAUCUCCUGACGACUGCCGCCGGGGCUGAGCGAGCAACCACCACCAUCCGAGCAAACCAUCAAGCAAACCCCAUGGACAGACAGCAUCCCCCAAGCCUCCCCCCUAAAAAGCGGUGCUCAACGCCGCCGCACCCCCCUGGAGCCGCAGACGCAGCCCAACCCACCGACCCGACCCGCCUCUCCAAACGAGCAGCCAUCACGGCCACCAACCGCCGUUUGAACACGGCCCUGUCUGUCUGCCACUGCCAGACUCGCUGCUGGCUCCCAGUUGCCGCAGCAUCAGACAGCUUCGUCCAGAGGCAAAAGGCCCGCCACUCGUCCAAGUAG